AUGAAUCGAAGCUGGACGGUGGCAAAACAGCGGAAUUAUCUAUCGUUGUUAAAAAGGGCGGUGGAGGAGGUGGCAGAGGCGGUGGUCGCAGUUUCGGUGGAGGUGGACGAAGUUUCGGCGGCGGCGGAAGAGACGGAGGACGCAAAGGGGGAAGAGGUGUGGUUCCGUUUGUUGGAGCCGGAGGUGCGGCAGCUGCUGCAUCCCACCACCGUGGUAACCAUUCAAGCGGCGAUCGGGAAACUGCUACCGUUUGGUUUGGUAUAUUGA